GGUAAGCUUGGGAUGGUAUUUUGUGAGUUGGCUUUGGCAGAUUUAUUUAAUUGUUACAUUGUUUACAAUUUUAAGCGAUUGCAGCAAGUCAAUUAAGUUUAUUGGACCUAUGCAGAUUUCUCUGCGGUUUGGACUGAGACAGUUGCUACUGUGAUAAAGGGAUAUCUGGAUGGAUACAGGGCUGCCCUGCCACACCUUUCUUCGUCAAGCAAAAGUGUUGAACUUCUCAGCUGGUUACAAUUAUAAGAACAAACGGACCGUACUUUGGAAUACUUUUAACCAACAUUUUUAUUUUAAGCCAACUUGAAUGGCAUGGGUUUUGAGGAAACCUAACUCUGGUAUUUUUGAAAGUGUUCACAAGAGUGGUGGAGUUUACUUUUGAGGAGUCUUCUGAAGUCUUUACGGGAACUAAAUCUCAAAAUGGAUCAAGCAAGCGGCGGAGAGGAUCCCAAUAAACCGAAUAAAAAGAAAGAAAAAGAGGAUGAAAGUAAAAACAAAAAACUGAACAUACACAUAAAAACAUUGGCUGACGACAUGCGUGACCGGAUCACCAGUUUCCGGAAGACUGGGAAUAAGAAGGACAAGCCCCUGAUCCAGCACUCCACAGACCCCAUGUCCAUUCAGGUAGAGAUGCCCAUGCCCCAGCCUCUCUUCGACGACCGCUCCAUGAACCUCUCCGAGAAGGAGAUCAACGCCCUCUUUGAGAAGAUGAUGGAGGACAUGAACCUGAAUGAGGAGCGUAAAGCCCCACUGCGUGGGAAGGACCUGAGCACCAAGCGAGAGAUGGUCGUCCAGUACAUCUCCACCACCGCCAAAUCUAUCACUGGGAGCAAAGUCACGGGAGGACUGAGGAACAGCAAGCAUGAGUGUACAUUGUCGUCGCAGGAGUAUGUCCACGAGCUGCGUUCCGGCAUCACUGAGGACAAGCUGCUCAUCUGCCUGGAGUCCCUUCGCGUCUCUCUCACCAGUAACCCUGUCAGCUGGGUGAACAACUUUGGCCAUGAAGGACUGGGCCUCCUCUUGGACGCAUUGGACAAGUUGCUGGAUAAGAAACAGCAAGAAAGUAUCGACAAAAGAAACCAGCACAAGCUGAUCCAAUGUCUCAAGGCCUUCAUGAACAAUAAGUAUGGACUACAAAGGAUUCUGGAAGAUGAGCGGAGCUUGCUUCUCCUGGCCAGGGCCAUUGACCCCAAACAGACCAGUAUGAUGACUGAGAUCGUCAAGAUCCUCUCAGCUAUCUGUAUCAUUGGAGAGGAAAACAUCCUGGAUAAGAUUCUGGCUGCCAUGACAAUUGCAGCAGAGAGGAAUAACAAGGAGAGAUUCGCUCCGAUAGUGGAGGGACUGGAGAAUCACGAAGCCCAACAGCUCCAGGUGGCCUGCAUGCAGCUGAUCAACGCCCUGGUCACCUCUCCGGACGAUCUGGACUUCAGGAUACAUCUGCGCAAUGAGUUCCUCCGCUGUGGCCUCAAAAAGAUCCUACCGGAGCUGAAAGAGACAGAGGAGCUGGACAUCCAACUGAAGGUGUUCAACGAGAACAAGGAGGAGGACUCCAUUGAGCUCUCCCAUCGCCUUGAUGACAUCCGUGCUGAGAUGGAUGAUAUGGGUGAGGUGUACCAUCUCCUGUCCAACAUGGUGAAAGACACUGGAUCGGAGACCUACUUCCUGUCCAUCCUACAGCACCUCCUGCUCAUCAGGAAUGACUACUACAUCAGGCCCCAGUACUACAAGGUGAUAGAGGAAUGUGUGUCUCAGGUGGUCCUCCAUCGCAGUGGGAUGGACCCAGACUUCGGAUACAGGGAGAGAUUGGAUGUAGACUUCACCCACCUCAUCGAUCAGUGCGUGGAUAAAGCCAAAGUGGAUGAGAGCGAUCUGAAGGCUGCCGAGUUCUCCAAAAAGUUCGAUGAGGAGUUCAGCGCUCGGCAGGAUGCCCAGGCCGAGUCCCAGAAGAAGGAGGAGAAAAUCAAAGAGCUGGAAGGCCAGAUCUGCAACCUAAAGACCCAGAUCACGGCCGGACCAGCGGCGGCUGGGACAGGAGUCCCACCUUCAUCUCUGCCGGGGGGGUUGGCACCCCCACCCCCUCCCCCGCCUCCGCCCCCACCAGGCGGCUGCCCUCCACCUCCUCCCCCACCUCCGCCUCCUCCUGGCAUGGCCAGCAUGCCCCCUCCACCCCCACCCCCGCCACCUCCAGGAGGAGGGCCACCCCCUCCCCCUGGCUGUGGACCCCCACCUCCCCCGCCCAUCCCUGGGGCGCCGGGCAUCCCUCCGCCUCCUAUGAUGGCCAUGCCUGUCAUCAAGCUGCCUUAUGGACUGGAGGCCAAGAAGACCUACAAGCCUGAGGCCGUCAUGAAGAGGGUCAACUGGUCCAAGAUAGUACCUCAGGAAAUGGCAGAGAAUUGCUUCUGGAUCAAAGUCAAAGACGAGAAGUUUGAGAACCAAGACCUUUUUGCCCAGCUCUCCCUCAGCUUUUCCUCCAGGACCAAAGUGAAAAAGGAGGUGGAUGAGACAGACGCCAGGAUGACCCAGUUCAAGAAAAAGGCGAAGGAGCUGCGAAUCUUGGACGGCAAGACGGCACAGAAUUUGUCAAUUUUCCUGGGCUCAUUCCGGCUGCCUUAUGAAGAGAUCCGGGACAUUGUGCUGGAGGUGGACGAGGAGAGGCUGAGCGAAUCACUGAUCCAGAACCUGAUAAAGAACCUUCCGGAGCAGAAGGAGCUGAGCGCACUGGCGGAACUUAAGAGCGAGUAUGAGGAACUGUGCGAGCCAGAGCAGUUUGGCAUUGUGAUGAGCUCCGUAAAGCUGCUGCGUUCGCGCCUCAACGGCAUCCUCUUCAAGCUGACCUUCGAGGAGCAGGUGAACAACAUCCGACCGGACAUCAUGAAUGUGACGUUCGCCUGUGAGGAGGUGAAAAAGAGUGACAGCUUCAGCAAUCUGCUGGAGAUGGUGCUGCUGGUGGGCAACUACAUGAACGCCGGCUCCCGGAACGCCCAGACCUUCGGAUUCAACAUCAGCUUCCUCUGCAAGCUUCGAGACACUAAGUCGUCCGACCAAAACACAACCCUGCUUCACUUCCUGGCCGAAAAGUGUGAAGAGAAGUACCCGGAGAUCCUGAGGUUCCCUGAAGAGCUGGAACACGUGGAGAGUGCUAGCAGAGUUUCUGCCGAGAUCCUGAAAAGCAGUCUGAGCACCAUGGAGCGACACAUCCAGAGGCUCGAAAACGACAUCGAGAAUUUCCCCAAGACAGAUGACAAAAAAGAUAAGUUUGUGGAAAAAUUGAAAGAGUAG